AUGUCCUCCGCCGGGAACCAAGUGAAGAGCGUCCCCAUUCCCACCCGAGUGCUCACCCUCAAGGACUGGUCCCAGCUUCCCGACUGCUACAGCCAGACCCCCGGGGGAACCCUCUUCUCCACCACGCCUGGGGGAACCCGCAUCAUCUACGACAGGAAGUUUCUGUUGGACUGUCGAAACUCGCCCAUUGCCCGCACCCCUCCCUGUUGUCUGCCUCAAAUCCCGGGGGUCACGGUACCUGCCACACACCCCUUGGGCAAACUGCAGGAGCUCAAAGAAGAGGAUGAGGAAGAAAAAGACAUUGCAGACGACAGUCAGUUCGAGAUGGACAUCUGA